AUGGCCUCCGAGCAGCCACCAAGUGCGCCGGCGGCGGAACCCGCUGCUACGACCUUAACCGGCCUCGGCGGCGACCUCCUCCGCGAGAUAUUCCUCCUCCUCCCGUCCCUGCCGACCCUCGUGCGCGCGGCCUUCGCCUGCCGCACCUUCCUCGACGCCGUCCGCUCGUCCCCCGCCUUCCGCCGCCGCUUCAGCGAGCUGCACGCGCAGCCGCUCCUGGGAAUCUUCUUCGACCCCGACGGCCCCGCCAUCCCGGCCUUCGCGCCCGUCCGCCGCCGGGACGACCCGGACCUGCGGGCCGCCGUCCGGCGCGGGGACUUCUUCCUCACCGGCCUCCCCGACGACGACGACGACGCGCGUCCCGGCUGGGUCAUCAGCGACUGCCACGACGGGUACGUGGUCCUGGAGCACAUCUACACGCGGGAGGCGCUCGCGUACAACCCGCUCACGCUGGCCCUGGAUCUCCUGCCGCCGCUGCCGGAGGAGUUCUACGAGGGCUUCCAGGGCCACUACAACGGCCUCGACUACCACAUCCACGCCGCCCCCGAGGAGUGCCGCGACCACGGGGCGUUCCGCGUGAUCUACGCUUGCCACGACGACUCGCGGGCGCGCGCGGCGGUCUUCUCGUCGGACUCGGACGCCAGGGCGUGGCAGGUCCUCCCCUAUUCCGAAGCUCUGAGGACCAUCCCGGAGUCCGGCGAGCGCGAGCACUGGCUCACCGCUGGCAGGAUCGUGGACGGGUUCGUCUACUGGGUGUACUCGGAUGAGGCCGCCAUGCUCGUGCUCGACACCACCACGCUGCACUUCUCUCGGGUCGAUCUCCCAGACUACCUGAAAGGACAGACGAGCAUGUUCAGGGUUGGCAAGACCAGGGAUGGGGUGCUCUGCGUCGUCGUCGCGAUCGAAUUCAACCUUUAUGUUUGGCUCCGGAACGUUCGCGAUGACGGCGUCGAGGCGUGGGUGAGAGGCCAUCGGUUUCAGUUGGACGACAUUGUUGAGGACACCGGGGGAACACUGGAGGAACACGGCCAGCUCAAGGUUGUGAGCGUUGUCGAUGGAGUUGUCUACUUCUCUACCCAUGAGACCUUCGAAGAUGCCAAUCUUCCCUGCUGGUUCCUGUCCAUAGACCUGGAGGAGAACGCCCUGGACAUGCUCUUUCAGAGGAACUAUGACAGUCAUGUCCAUCCCUACAUUAUGCCUUGGCCCCGUUCUUUGGUUCGCGACAAGGCGUGUCUUCAAGUUGAAGGUGCUUGA